CUUCCGCCGUCGGAAGAAAAGUGUCGCGGGCCGCUGGGCCGGAGGGUGGAGGUAGCCGGAGACACCUGAAGGCCUCGAGGCGGUGACCCGUCCUCAAGCCUGCCCAGCGAGAAGUCACUCCGAGUCAUUUGGACACCCGAGCGCCAUGCCCACCCUGCGCUCAUCCUCCUCCUCCUCCUCCCCGCGCAGCGGUGUGGGAGGCGGCCCCCGCGCCCUGUCGGCUUCUCCCAGCUCCUCCAGCAGCCAGCCGCCAGACCCCGACCAGACUUUGCAGGGGAGCAGUGACUCUUUGUCAACUGAUGAAGGUAGUGAUUUUGAAGACAGUCUGAGACGCACUGUGAAGAAGAGAGCAGCAAAGCGACCACUCCGACUGACUCCAGUAGCCAAACAUCCAAAGAAGGGGUCCUAUGUGGUUCGUGGUCGUGGUCAGAAAGUGUCACAACCACCAGCCAAUGAUCUCUUUGAUGCUGUGAAAGCUGCCAGAGGUGAUAUGCAGUCUUUGGUGGACGAAUGGCUAGAGAGCUACAAGGAAGACCAGGAGUCAGGAUUCCUGGAGCUCAUCAACUUUUUCAUCAGAUCUUGUGGAUGUAAAGGCAUCGUGACCCCAGAGAUGUUCAAGAAGAUGUCCAAUUCAGAGAUGAUCCGACAUCUAACGGAGCAGUUUAAUGAGGACUCGGGGGAGUAUCCCCUGACCGCGCCAGGUCCAUCAUGGAAGCGGUUCCACGGAAGCUUCUGUGAGUUCGUGAAGGCAUUGGUCUACCAGUGCCAGUACAGUCUCCUCUAUGAUGGCUUCCCUAUGGACAACCUCAUCUCCAUACUCACGGGCCUCUCGGACUCCCAAGUCCGCGCCUUCCGUCAUACUAGCACCCUGGCUGCUAUGAAGCUGAUGACCUCCCUGGUAAGAGUUGCCCUCCAGUUGAGUCUGCACAAAGACAACAACCAGCGUCAGUAUGAUGCCGAACGCAACAAGGGUCCAGGGCAGAGGUCGCCUGAACGCCUGGAGAGCCUGCUGGAGAAGCGCAAAGAACUGCAGGAACACCAAGAGGACAUUGAGGGGAUGAUGAACGCCCUCUUCAGGGGUGUCUUUGUGCAUCGGUACAGGGAUGUCCUUCCUGAGAUCCGUGCUAUCUGCAUCGAGGAGAUUGGGUGUUGGAUGCAGACCUACAGUGCUUCUUUUCUCACUGACAGUUACUUAAAGUACAUUGGCUGGACCCUGCAUGAUAAGCACCGCGAAGUGCGUCUGAAGUGCCUGAAGGCGCUGAAGGGGCUGUACAGCAGCCGGGAUCUGACCGUGCGCCUGGAGCUCUUCACCAGCCGCUUCAAGGACCGGAUGGUUUCCAUGGUCAUGGACAGAGAGUACGAUGUGGCUGUGGAGGCCGUCAGAUUGCUAAUACUGAUCCUUAAGAACAUGGAGGGGAUCCUGACAGACGCGGACUGUGAGAGCAUCUACCCUGUUGUGUACGCCUCCAACCGAGCCCUGGCCUCUGCUGCUGGGGAGUUCCUCUACUGGAAGCUCUUCUACCCUGAGUGUGAGGUGAGCCAGCUGAACGUCAGAGAACGACACCGAAGUCCACGUGCCCAGAGGACUUUCUUCCAUCUUUUGCUGUCUUUCUUUGUGGAGAGUGAGCUUCAUGACCAUGCUACCUACUUAGUGGACAGCCUGUGGGACUGUGCAGGGUCCCACCUGAAGGACUGGGAGACUUUAACAAGCCUGCUGCUGGAGAAGGACCAAAGUCUAGGCGACGUGCAGGAGAGUACGCUGAUAGAAAUCCUUGUGUCCAGUGCCCGGCAGGCUUCCGAGGGUCUCCCACCUGUGGGGCGGGUCAGUGGAAAGAAGGGCCUGACGGCGAAAGAGCGUAAGCUCCAGGCUGAUGACAAGGUGAAGUUGACAGAACACCUCAUCCCUCUGCUGCCUCAGCUCCUGGCCAAGUUCUCAGCGGACGCAGAGAAAGUCACUCCCCUGCUCCAGCUUCUCAGUUAUUUUGACCUCAGCAUCUACUGCACCAGGCGCCUGGAGAGGCAUCUGGAGCUGCUCUUAGAGCAGCUACAAGAGGUGGUGGUGAAGCACACAGAGUCAGCAGUGCUUGAGGCUGUCGCUCAUGCCCUCUACCUGCUCUGUAAUCCCGAGUUCACGUUCUUCAGCCGGGUGGACUUUGCCCGUAGCCAACUCAUGGAUCUGCUGACAGACCGCUUCCAGCAGGAGCUUGACGAACUGCUGCAGUCGUCCUUCCUUGAUGAGGAUGAGGUGUAUAGCCUGGCAGCCACUCUGAAGCGCCUCUCUGCCUUUUAUAAUGCUCACGACCUGACUCGCUGGGAGCUCUAUGAGCCGUGCUACCGACUCCUCCGGAAGGCUAUGGACACAGGAGAGGUUCCACACCAGGUGAUUCUGCCGGCCUUGACUCUUGUCUAUUUUUCCAUUCUCUGGACACUGACACACAUUUCUGCAUCAGGCACUUCCCAGAAGCAGCUGCUGAGUCUGAAGGGCAGGAUGGUGGCCUUCUGCGAGCUCUGCCAGAGCUGCCUCUCAGAUGUGGAUCCCGAGAUCCAGGAGCAGGCUUUUGUCUUACUAAGCGAUCUACUCCUCAUCUUUAGCCCUCAGAUGAUUGUCGGGGGACGUGAUUUCCUUAAACCCCUUGUCUUUCUUCCUGAAGCUACUCUGCAGUCUGAGCUAGCCAGCUUCCUCAUGGAUCAUGUCUUCAGCCAGCCAGGAGACCUGGGCAGUGGUCACUCCCAGGAGGAUCAUGUACAGAUAGAGCAGCUGCACCAACGGCGCCGCCUGCUGGCUGGGUUCUGCAAGCUGCUGCUCUAUGGGGUGCUGGAGAUGGAUGCAGCCUCAGAUGUUUUCAAACACUACAAUAAGUUCUACAAUGACUAUGGUGACAUCAUCAAGGAAACAUUAACUAGAGCAAGGCAGAUGGACCGAAGCCACUGUUCUCAAAUCCUGUUGCUGAGCCUCAAGCAGCUCUACACAGAACUGCUGCAGGAACAGGGGCCCCAGGGCCUGAGUGAGUCACCAGCCUUCAGCGAGAUGAGGGACCUGGCCCGGAGGUUUGCCUUGAGCUUUGGACCCCAGCAGCUGCAGAACCGUGACCUUGUGGUCAUGCUACACAAGGAAGGCAUCAAGUUCUCCUUGUCAGAGCUUCCUCCAGCUGGCUCCUCCAGUCAGCCCCCAAAUCUGGCAUUCCUGGAACUCCUCUCAGAAUUUUCCCCCCGGCUGUUCCAUCAGGACAAGCAGUUGCUACUGUCCUAUCUGAAGAAGUGUCUGCAGCGUGUCUCCCAGACUUCUGCGCAUCCCUGGGGUCCAGUCUCCACCUACUGCCACUCCCUCAGCCCGGCAGAGAGCGUGUCUGAGGCCAGCCCCCGGGGCCAUCCCCACCCCAAGAAGAGGCGCAUUGAAGGCCCCUCCAAACACAACAGGGAGGAUGUCUCUUCCCAGGAAGAAAGCCUGCAGCUGACCAGCAUCCCACCCACGCCCACCCUCACCUCCACAGCUGUGAAGCGUGGAAAAGGCCUGACAGGGUUAGAAGAAGUCGAAGGUGGCAGCUCAGAAUCAGAGUUUUCCCAGGGCCAGCUCCUGCCACGCAGCCAGAGGUCAGGGGUCCUGAGCCCACACAAGCCUUCACAUCCUGGUCUGGGCAGCCGGCUGACCCGACUCAGCCUCAUGGAGGAGGACGAAGAGGAAGGAUUGAACAUUCCGGAUGAGUCCAGUGAAGAGAGGCAGGACAGAGACAAGCCACCAGUUGGGCGCGCUUCCCCCAGUGAUGCCUGGAUGGACCUGUUAAAUACUGCAGAGGUGAUCUUCGAGGAGUUGUGACCUGACUCUGGGACC